AUGCCUUCCGCGAGACCUGAUCCUUUCACGACAAGCUCAAACGCAGCAAGCCACCCUGCAAGCAGAUCUCUGCGCGCACAACCCUCACAACAAAGCCUGUCCUCGAACGCAAGUGCCGCUUCCACGCGCACCCGACAACAACGCGAGCUCUUUGCACCCGCACUAUCGAGACGACCAACGAGUCGCACGACACCUCGAGUAGCCGAUGAAGUGCUAGCAGACUCAGAUGAGGAGAAUCAAGAGAGGGAGCCGAUAGUACACAGACCGCGACAGGCUUUGCGGAGGGUCAGACAUAGAUCGCCGGAGGGUAGACUCGCAAGAGCGCGGCCGAAACAACAGGUAGAAGAGGCGGAUAUUGUGAAUAGAGAUGCUACUGGCAACUUUCUUAUGAAGGCGCCGCACGGCAGCAAGACGCCGGAGUGGGAGGAGACGGCGGAAGAGCAUGAAGCGAACAACAUGAAGCACAUGGACGCAUACUAUGCCAAUGUCGCACGGAAGUACUUCGCGUCAGGCGCGCAUCUGGGAAUGAGGACGGGCAGACAGAGUGAGCCAGACUUUGAACGCGAUGUGGGAGACAUGAUGUUCUACCUCAAGGACGAAGUGAUGCGAAAACUGGACAAUGAGCGCUGGCUGUAUGAGCCUGUUGAUCGACUUCAGCCUCCUCUGUCGUGA